UUGUCAGAUCAGAACUAAAAUGAGCGGCAGAGGUAAAACCGGCGGUAAGGCGAGAGCGAAGGCCAAGACUCGCUCAUCCAGAGCUGGACUGCAGUUCCCCGUCGGCCGUGUUCACAGACUUCUCCGUAAAGGCAACUAUGCUGAGCGUGUCGGUGCCGGUGCUCCCGUCUAUCUGGCCGCAGUGCUCGAGUAUCUGACCGCUGAGAUCCUGGAGUUGGCCGGAAACGCCGCUCGUGACAACAAGAAGACUCGCAUCAUUCCCCGUCAUCUGCAGCUGGCGGUGCGCAAUGACGAGGAGCUGAACAAACUUCUGGGCGGUGUGACCAUCGCUCAGGGCGGCGUGCUGCCCAACAUCCAGGCUGUGCUGUUGCCCAAGAAGACCGAGAAGCCCGCCAAGACCAAAUAAGCGAACACGAGUUCACUUCAACACAAAGGCUCUUUUAAGAGCCACCCAAUGGAUCCAUAAAAGAGCGAAAUUAGUAGCUUUGAGAUUUUUGAAGCUUCAACGUUAUGGUUUAUGAUUUGUGUUGAAGCAUGAUUAAUCAACACGUGCUGUGUGUACGAAAAUACUAAUUAAUAAGCAGUAUGUGCUUAUCUGUAUC